AUGAGGCAAGCCCAGCAAGCUGCCAUCAAAGACGAAAAAACAAGAAGAGAGGUUGACUACUUCUGGCAACAGCAGGAGUAUUUCAGCAGCGGUGGAAAAGGCCGCAAGGGCAAGGGCUUCCAGGACACUGAACGUUCUUUGUUUGGAGCACAGCGUGAGAACGUCGGCAUAGAUUUCGACAAGUACGAUGACAUCCCCGUUGACCUUUCCGGAGACGGGGCUGAGAAGAUUACUGCCCUUGAGAGCUUUGAUGAGCUUUGGGCUUUCAAAAGGAAUCUGCCAUUGGCGGGCCGUGUCGCUUCUUUGAAAGAUCGAGCGAUUUUCUUCGGGCUGCUUGCUACUUGCUGCUGCCCAUUCAGAAAAUGCAUUCAUGAUCGUUACUACAUACAUGAGUUCCUCUGGGACAAUCUUGAGCGCUGCCACUAUAGCAGGCCCACCCCGAUCCAGCGCUUUGCAAUCCCGGUGGCGCUGGCUGGCAGUGACGCCAUGUGCUGUGCGCAGACGGGAUCAGGCAAGACGUGUGCAUUUUUGCUGCCAAUCAUCAGCUCGCUGGACACCACGCAGGCCUACAGCGUGAUUGGCUCCACACCCGGUGAGAUGUCAGCGCCACGGGCUGUGGUGCUGGCUCCCACCCGAGAACUUUGCUCCCAGAUUCAUUUGGAGGCGAAGAAGCUUUCAUUCCAAUCUCCUAUCCGCGCUGGCGAAGUGUAUGGUGGUGUAGAUGCGAAACCGCAGCUUUUGGACCUGGCACGAGGUGUUGACCUUGUGACGGCCACACCAGGACGUUUGACCGACUUCAUCGAUCGUGGAGUCAUCACUAUGGCCAAUGUUGGGUUUCUGGUCUUGGACGAGGCCGAUCGCAUGUUGGACAUGGGCUUUGAGCCACAGAUCCGAGAGAUCGUGCAGAAGAGGGAUAUGCCUUCUUCAAGGGAGGGGCGGAUGACGCUGAUGUUUUCCGCGACCUUUCCCAAAGAGAUUCAAAAGCUGGCGCAAGCCUUCAUGAGGAACUACAUUUGGAUUGGAGUAGGUCGAGUAGGCGGUGCCGUUGACACUGUUGAGCAGAGCUUUAUUGUUGUUCCGGAAAGAGGCAAAUUCGAAGCCCUCACGAAGGUCCUGAACACCAACCCGACCGAUUCCACCUUGAUCUUUGUUGCCAUGAAGCGCACGGCCGCCUGGCUGGAGGACCGCCUCAUGGGGCUUGGGUACAACUCGGUGGCCAUCCACGGUGAUAUGGAGCAGAAAGAAAGAGAAGCAUCGCUUUCAACAUUCAAAAGUGGGAAGAGCACCUUCCUGGUGGCCACUGACGUCGCUGCACGGGGUUUGGAUAUCCCAAAGGUGUCUCACGUGAUCAACUACGACUUGCCGCACAAUAUCGAUUCAUAUGUGCAUCGGAUUGGCCGAACUGGCCGUAUUGGAAACCAUGGCUGGGCCACGAGUUUCUACGUCCCUGGCUCUGAUGCACAGCACUCCAACGCCAAUGUGGUCAAAGAUUUGGUCGGCAUCUUGGAGGGUGCUGGUCAACCGGUGCCCCAGGAUCUGAAGGACGAAGCCUUCCGACAGGGCUACAAGCAAGAGCGGAAGCCUGGGAAGGGAGGGGGAGGUUGGGGUGGCCGAGAUUCUCGAGGUGGAAAUAACAUCCGGUCACAAGCUGCUUGGUCAAAGGGUAGCAAAGGCAAAGGCGGAGGCGGAGGCAAGAGCAAAGGCAAGACAGGAGGGGGAGGAGGAAAGAGCAAAGGGAAAAGCAAGUCUCAAUGGUGA